UUAGGCCUGGGUGGGCGACUCCGGCCGCGGAGUCCCCGCUCCCGCCCCUGGGAACAGCGGCUGCGAGCGCGCGUGAGCCGUGCGCGGGGCGGCGCGUGUGUGCAGGCGGCCGGGUGCGUAGGCAGCGGCUUUUCUCCUCGCCAGGGCCGCUCGCGCUUGGCCUGGUGGCGAUUGGCGAUGGGGACCUCCAGAGCUGCGGACAAAGGCGGGGCCGGCUGCCCCCCGAACAAGUUGUUUCCUGCCGGAAUUGGGGUGGGGGCGGGUGCUGGAUGGAGACGGGACUCAGGAUUCCGGGCAGGACACAACUUGGAGAAUACUCCUUUCUCUCCUUUGUGUCUUCUCAGACCCUGGAGCUGGCCUGUUUAGCCCAGAGUGGUGUGUUUGGGGAGGACCGAGGGGCCUGUCCAGGCCUGGCACCUGGGUGGGAAGGGCUCUUGUCCGACCCAGGAGUCUUUCUGUCCACCCUUCCGGGGCUCCGUGUGAGGGAGAGAAGGAAGGAGUUAAAUCCUAAAAGCACAUGGCUCCUUUAUUUACCAUGAUAAAUGAGGGAGACCAUUAUCUGAGCCUGAGGUCAUUAGGGGCCACCCUGUGGUGUCACCUAGGAAGGCACUGUAACCCUUUAGGUUUGCCGAAGCCACUGAAAUUACAAAAUAAAAAAGAAAGUUGAAGAUUUUAAGCUGCGUCUGGGGUGGAAGGCUCCUGCCUCCCUCUCUGAGCUGGUCUCAAUAAGGGCUGUGACCCCCAGAGUGCUCAUUCCUCAGUCUGUUGGUGGUCACGGGUUCUGGACUCAGCUGCUGGGUGGGCUUCCCAGGUGAGUAGGACAGAGGGACAAGCCCUUUGGCCCUUCUUGCUCAGAUGUGGCUGGGAGCCUGGGUAUUCUGAGUGGGGACAGCUGCCCCUACUUCCUCACCAGGUGGGGGCUAACCCCCACAGAGACGCCCUCAGCCUUCCUUGGUACACUUGAUGUUGGGAGGAGGGGCCACCCUGAUCCCCCAUCCCCAUGUUGGGUUUGUCUGUAUCCUCCUCCUGGUCCCGCUGCUGGAAAGCAGUACAAGUGAAAGCAAAGGGCAAACCCCAGGAGAUGGGUACUCGAGGGGAGGGAUGGCAGGAGAGUUCUUGGCCUCCGUUCUCAAGGUCAGCAUAGCACCGUGAAGACAGCCCUGAACUCUGCUAACUCUGCAUCCUUGUAAAAUGGGGUAAUCAGAACUGUCUCCCUCCCUCCCUGGCUGCCAGUGGAUAAGGUGUCUGGCAAAGCCCCUUAAAGGGAGGCAGCCCUUCACGGUGGCAGGAACCCCCUUGAAGGCAAGGCCUUUGCCUGUGCUGAGCCAGUGCCUCUCUGUGACAGUGGUCCAGGACCAAGGUUCCCAAGCCCAAUAGGAGACAGAAACACACCCCCUCCCAAGUGAAUAAGAAUUCCCGGGUGUGGGGAGCAGCAGGAGCGGUCUGGUGCAGCCAGGCUUACACACUACUCUCUUCCACUGUGGGUGUACAGGUGGGUUCUGGGACCCUCUGAGGUCCCAGCGGGCCCAGGCUGGAAGCAGGAGUUUCCGUGGCAGCACUCUGGGCUUUGUCCUAUGAGAGGAAGAGAACCAGCCUUGAGUUCAGACUGUGUUGUCUUGUGCCCCCACAAGGGCUGCUGCUGGCCCCAGGCAGGUGCCGGGGUCACAAGAGCUACUGCCCUCCACUGGACAUUCUUUGUGUUUCCCACAGUGAACAUCGUUCUCAGCGGCCGGCUCAGCAGUGCAGUUCCUGCUUUAGCUGCCUGCAGCGGGAAACUGGAACAGCACACAGAACGGCGUGGUGUCAUCUACAGCCCAGCCUGGCCCCUCAACUAUCCACCGGGCACCAACUGCAGCUGGUACAUCCAAGGUGACCGUGGGGACAUGAUCACCAUCAGCUUCCGCAACUUCGAUGUGGAGGAGUCCCACCAGUGCUCCCUGGACUGGCUCAUGCUGGGCCCAGCGGCCCCGCCCCGCCAGGAAGCCUUCCGGCUCUGCGGCUCUGCCAUCCCGCCCGCCUUCAUCUCCGCCCGGGACCACGUCUGGAUCUUCUUCCAUUCAGACGCCUCUAGCUCUGGCCAGGCCCAGGGCUUCCGUCUCUCCUACAUCCGAGGGAAGCUGGGCCAGGCGUCCUGCCAGUCGGAUGAGUUCCGCUGUGACAACGGCAAGUGCCUGCCGGGCCCGUGGCAGUGCAACACCGUGGAUGAGUGUGGCGAUGGCUCCGAUGAGGGCAACUGCUCAGCACCUGCCUCCGAGCCGCCGGGCAGCCUGUGCCCUGGGGGCACCUUCCCUUGCAGCGGGGCGCGGUCCACGCGCUGCCUGCCGGCGGAGCGCCGCUGCGAUGGCACGCAGGACUGCGGCGACGGCUCCGACGAGGCCGGCUGUCCCGACCUGGCGUGUGGCCGGCGGCUGGGCAACUUCUACGGCUCCUUCGCGUCCCCAGACCUGUUUGGCGCAGCCCGCGGACCCUCGGACCUUCACUGCACGUGGCUGGUGGACACACAGGACCCGCGACGUGUGCUGCUGCAGCUGGAGCUGCGGCUGGGUUAUGACGACUAUGUGCAGGUGUACGAGGGCCUGGGCGAGCGUGGGGACCGCCUGCUGCAGACUCUGUCCUACCGCAGCAACCACCGGCCCGUGAGCCUCGAGGCCGCCCAGGGCCGCCUCACUGUGGCCUACCAUGCCCGUGCCCGCAGCGCCGGCCACGGCUUCAACGCCACCUACCAGGUGAAGGGCUACUGCCUCCCGUGGGAGCAGCCAUGUGGGAGCAGCAGUGAGGGUGACAUGAGUGACGUGGGCGAGCAGGGCUGCUUCUCGGAGCCACAGCGCUGUGACGGCUGGUGGCACUGUGCCAGCGGCCGAGACGAGCAGGGCUGCCCUGCCUGCCCACCUGACCAGUACCCCUGCGAGGGUGGCAGCGGCCUGUGCUACACGUCCGCCGACCGCUGCAACAACCAGAAAAGCUGCCCAGAUGGCGCCGACGAGAAGAACUGUUUCUCCUGCCAGCCUGGCACUUUCCACUGUGGCACCAACCUGUGCAUCUUCGAGACGUGGCGCUGUGACGGCCAGGAGGACUGCCAGGAUGGCAGCGACGAGCACGGCUGCCUCGCCGCCGUGCCCCGAAAGGUCAUCACGGCCGCCCUCAUCGGCAGCCUGGUCUGCGGCCUGCUGCUGGUCAUCGCCUUGGGCUGCGCCUUUAAGCUCUACUCGCUGCGCUCGCAGGAGUACAGGGCCUUCGAGACCCAGAUGACACGCCUAGAGGCUGAGUUUGUGCGGCGGGAGGCACCCCCAUCCUACGGGCAGCUCAUAGCACAGGGCCUCAUCCCACCUGUGGAGGACUUUCCCGUCUACAGUGCAUCCCAGGCCUCUGUGCUACAGAACCUUCGAACGGCCAUGCGGCGACAGAUGCGCCGGCACGCCUCCCGCCGAGGGCCCUCCCGCCGCCGCCUCGGCCGCCUCUGGAACCGGCUCUUUCACCGGCCUCGGGCUCCACGGGGACAGAUCCCACUGCUGACUGCUACCCGCACCUCACAGACAGUGCUGGGCGAUGGGCUCCUCCAGCCUGCACCAGGGGCCGCUCCAGACCCCCAGGCACCCCUUACAGACACAGGCAGCUCUGGGGCAGCUGGAGAUGUGCCCCCCAGUGCUCCUGGCCAUGUGCCAGAGGUGGGGCCCUCUGUGCCGCCCCCCUCAGGCCUGCGGGACCCGGAGUGCAGGCCUGUGGACAAGGACAGAAAGGCCUGCAGGGACCCUCUGGUGGAUAGCCUAGCCCCUGUGAACACGCCUUGGGAGCCCUGCUUGGCCCCAGAUGCUCACCCCCCAGCUCCCACUGCCAGCAGCACCCUAGGUUCCCACCCAGCAGAGCCACUGGGUGUCUGCAGGAGCCCCCAGGCCCCCUGCUCCCCAACGUUGGAGGCCAGUGACGACGAGGCCCUGCUGGUCUGCUGACCCACCGGAUGCACUGGUGACUGCCACAGCCCCGCUUUGUAACCAGGGAAUACACAGUCGUUUCUA